CAGGGGCAUUUAACGUGCCUAGUCUGCCUGUUAAUUGUCAGAUCUCUGCUGUCUCUUUUAGGUUCUGAAAUGGAUCAUAUACAUUUAAUUCUUUUACUGUUAAGUAAGGCCGUGUCAGCUGGAGCACAGUUUAAUGGAUACAACUGUGACAGCAACUUUCACAGCCGCUUUCCUGCGGAAAGAGACAUUAGUGUAUACUGUGGAGUUCAGACCAUCACCCUUAAAGUCAACUUUUGCCCCGUUCUCUUCUCUGGCUACCUUGACACUGACCUGGCCCUCAACGGUCGCCAUGGAGAUGCACACUGCCGCGGAUUCAUCAACAACAACACCUUUCCCACCGUUGUGAUCUUCAGCAUCAGUCUGGCAUCACUGGAGUCCUGUGGUAAUUCCCUGGUGGUUUCCACAGCUCAAGGACCUAAUGCUUAUGGAAACAUGUCACUGGUGCAGAUUGGAAACAUUUCAGGUUACGUGGACACACCCGACCCUGCCACUGUCAUCAGCUACCUGCCAGGUCUGCUGUACAAGUUUAGCUGCAGUUACCCACUGGAGUACCUGGUCAACAACACACAGCUGGCCUCGUCAGCUGCUGCAAUCUCAGUGAAGGAGAGCAACGGUACCUUCAUCAGCACAUUGAAUCUCCUGCUUUACAACGACACAUCAUACGCUCAGCAGCUGUCCAUCCCCAUGGCAGGACUGACUCUGAAGACACGUGUGUUUGCAGCAGUGAAAGCCACUAACCUGGACAGAAGAUGGAACGUUCUAAUGGACUACUGUUACACCACACCCUCUGGAAACCCAAGUGAUGACCUGCGCUACGACCUUUUCUUCAGCUGUGAAAAAGACCCCCAGACCACCAUCUUUGAGAACGGGAAGAGCCAAAUGGGCCGCUUUUCCUUUGAGGUGUUCCGCUUUGUCAAGCACAAGAACCAGAAGAUGUCCACUGUCUUCCUGCACUGUGUCACAAAGCUGUGUCGAUCGGACGACUGUCCCAUGCUACUGCCAAUCUGUGGAAGCAGGAAAAGAAGAGACACACCAGGAGAGAAGGAGCACAAUGUAGCAUCUGGAAAUGCCGUCCUGACUGCUGGGCCCAUCAUCACACGCUUUGACGAGACACCCACCAACAACUCUCAGCUAGCUCAGCUGAAAGCUCCAGUUUUUCAGAUGAACACAGUGACGAGUGCCCUCAUCUCGGGGGUGAUCAUCCUGGGGGUCAUGAGCAUAUGUUUCUUCAUCUUCUCCCUCAGCCUUCUCAAAGGCAAGAUCACGCCGGUCACCUCUCUGUCGGGUGUCCGCAACCCAGCCUUCAGCUAAACUCCAGCCGACUGCAGACGCUCAGAGAAUACAAAACAAGAGAGAAUCUACUCAUGUGGCCGCUGCAUUUAGUCAUUGUUAUUUAGAUCAAUAUUUUUAAGGCACGUGUUCAUAGUUGGUACAGAUUAAUGUAGAGGUAAAGCAGGAGGUUUUUUUAUACUAUAUAUAUAUGUAUAUGUCCUAUGUAUUUGACCCAUGGAACAGGCUGAUCUGCAGGUGAGGUUUUUCAAUGCAGCUUAAACCCACGGUUUUGGGACAUUUCACAUAAAUCAAUACCUCUGCUGUACAGUUUUCAGUUCCUGGUGAAGAGAAAAUCACUCACACAACCUUCAUUGUUUGUUUUUUUUAUUUUGACUCUGUCUGUUGAAAAUCUAACUUGGGAAAAGGAAGUAAAGCUGUUAUGUCUGUAUAUGAAAAGGUUAAAGGUUUGGACUAAAGCCGUUCUCAGAAAGCCUUUCAGGUGGCUGCUAGCCUUAUGUGUCGUGAAUAAAACGUAGUUUGUUCAUAUGUUUCCAGUGUAAAUUGAGUUUAUUUUAAUUAACAUUUAUAAGUUAUUAUAUUGUAUAAUAGGGUAGGGGUUAUGGGCCAGGACCCUUAUCCAGUGUUUUCUAACCUUUUUUGAGCCAUUGUACAUAUUUUACAUGAGAGAGAUCGUCAGCAAACAAAAAGUAUAAUGUAAUGAAACAUAAUGAUCUUCUAUUUUAAAUUUACUCACAAUUUGAUGGCUUAGUAAUAAAUUCUGCUCUAUUUAGUUGAACACUGGGCUUCUAUACUCAUAGGAGUUGAAGAAAGAUACACAGAGAUGUACAGCAGCUAUGAGUCUCUCAUUUUUUUUUGCUUAGUUUUUAGAGGCUGCUGACACCUAGGAUGG